GCCCUCAGCUGUUCCCGCAACGACUGUCGUCCCCCCUGACCAAGAUCUCCGAGAUGAAGCACAUCUUGUUUUUCGUGACGCGACAACACUAACAGUGCCUGGGUGAUGGUGGUGGGGUGGCUGGGGAGGCCUGUAGCGGCCUGGCUGGUGCUAGCACUGGUGGCGGCAGCUGGCGGGGCGGAGGCGUCGAGCUACGUGUCGAGCUACGCUACUCGGCCUGAGGGCUGUUACUCGGCCGUGCCGGAACGGAGCUACUCGAGGAAGACUGAGUAUGGCUACUCCUUCCUGCCUGAAAGUAAGCACGCACCACACGGUCGGAAAAUCUCCACGAGAUCAAAAGGGAUGUUCUGUCUCUACUCCUCGUGCGUGCGUGUUCCAGAUUACCCUCGCCCGCCAGCUGUGCCGGUCACUGAGCGCUACGCGGCCAUCCCAGACAGGUACGGCAGCCUGGUGGUUGACAGCACGGGCGGCCGGAAACGUCCCACACUCAAGAAGCGGCGACACCGACACCCGGCCUACAAGGCCCUCGUCGCAACAGACAGCCGCGCCCACUCUCACUCUUCCCGGCCUCACUACGGUGCGGUGCUCAGUGUGGCCACUGCUGACACCGAGCCCCCACAGCCGUCCUACCGCCUGUCCUCACUCAUCAGCAGUGACCCAACACACCACCGAGUGGGUGGACGGCGGCGACGGAGGAGCACCGCUGCGUGGCGGCAUCUGUCGGCGCCCAAGUGGCCGCUGCCCAUCCCGCCGUCCCUCAUCCGGACAAGGAUCAUGACCGGGCAGGGCCGCGGGUGCUUCUUCGUUGCUCCAUGGCGAGGCGUGAUGACGGGUGGUGCGUCGUCGGUGAUCCCUGGCGGCGUGAGGUGGCGGCGGGCUGAUGCUGAUGGAUAUGGUGGGCGGUUGAGUCGGCUGCAGGUGUUCGAUGCUGACGUGGCACAGAUGGUGGCCAAUCUGAGGGAAACAAUCAGGUACCUAGAGUGAGGGGAACGCACGACAAACGAGCCACGUCUGUGUGUGUGUGUGUGGUUCAGGCCCGCCCUUCUGUCACCGUUUGUGGCGAUCUCUCUGGUGGCCGUGCUGCAGCUGCUGGGCUUCCCCCGCAGCCCCCCGCCCCUCACCAUCAGGCGCACGCCACCUGCCCUCGACCUGUCGUUCCUCGGCCCCCUGAGAGAGGUGCCGCUCAGCCAGUGGGUCAAACUGGUGUUCUCGCUCGCCAUCGACCUUGCGGGCGACUUUUCGUUCGGCCUGCCGCUUGUGGGCGAGGUGGGUGACCUGCUCUUCGCGCCAAUCGCCGCAUUGCUACUGAGGUAAGAUGGGCGUGUGGGUGGAGAGGGGAAGGGUGGAUGCAUCUGUUGUGUUGUGUGAUUGGGUGUGUUGGUCAGGUCGCUGUACGGCUCGUCGUUCAUCGCUGGCCUUGAGCUGGCUGAGGAGGUGUUGCCCUUUACAGACAUCAUCCCCACGGCCACAAUCGCCUGGCUGCUCCAGACCUUCUACUCGGACGCUACGUCAGCAAGACACACACAGAAGCACACAAGACAGAGAGGCAACACACGCGGCUGUGUUUCGAUCAGGAUAACGGAGCGUCUGGGUAUCAAGCCGGUGAGAGUGGUCGACAAGCCAGGAGCCAACACCAGCAAGGAGAGUGGCAGCCCCACCUACCUGAAGACCCUGCCGGACAAGGGAGAGGAGACGGCCAAGACACGGUGACGGGAUGGAUGGAUGGAUGGAUGAGAGUUUUAUGUGUAGAAAGAUGAUAGGCAGGCGUCGCGUCAAUCAACAGAUGAAUAUAUGGAACGAGUGUUUCAAGAGUGAUUGAUGGUGGUUUGAAGCGAUGAUCAAUGCGUCGAUCGAUGUCUCUCUCUCGGGCUGAUCGAUUUAUACGAGAGAUGUAUCCCACUCGCUGGCUCACUCCACUCACUGCCUCACUGUCUCCUUCCUUGUGCAUAGCGAUGACCCUCUAAGGGGGUCAUGUUAGUCAGGCAACGCUUUUCCAAUGCACACACACACACACACACAGACGUGCUGCGGCGAGUCUUCUUGCCGCUUCCCCUCCUCCUUCCUUCCCAUUCUGCCUUCAUGUUUCACCUCCCUCGUUGUUCCUGUAGGACGACCUCUUCACCGGUCAGUGUGUCUCACUCAGCAACAGUGAGCUGCACGAGCCGGUCGGGGAGUUGCUCAGAAGGGGCACACGAAGGGGGUGAAACGGGCAAGGCGAACGAACCAGCAAGAUCAGAUCAGAUGUUUUGUGAGAGAGAAGGCUGUAUUGUAUCAACACUUUUUCCUUUUGGUUGGCCCCCUUGGGGUGCGUGAGGUCCUCGUUUGACGAUGGCAGGCCACGGUACUACCACUCUGCACAGAAGCUGAGUGGCGGUCAAGUCGUCUGCUGUCGUCAAGCGGGGGCCUCGCGCACACAAGACGGGGGCCCCAAGAAAAGCGAGCCAGCAGCCGCCCGCAGGUCUCGUGUCCCGACCACUUUUCCUCUUUAUCUGUCUGUCUGUCCGUCCGUCCGACUGGCUGUCUGUCUGUCUGUCUGUCUGGUUGUGACUGAGUCUUCUUCCCAUGCAUAUCUGCAGGCCUGAAGGUGAUGGAUGGAUGGAUGGAUGGGGGGUGUACAUGUGCACGGGCGGGUGGACACUGCGCGCUUUUCCAAUGACAGCGGGGAGCGGAACAAGCGGCCGCUCGUGUAGCAUACCAUCAGUCUCGUGUACAGGCAGGGCAGACAGAGAGAGAGAGAGAGAGAGAGGAGGUAUCGGUGUUGUUGUGUGUGUGGUCGUUUUGGCGAGUGUAAGAUACAGGUGAGCUGAGUGUCGGUCGAUCGGUCGCAUUAGUAGGGGUGCCGUGCCUUCAAGUGAUGGGAAGGCGUAAGUGUAAGGCCUUUUGCUUACUGGUGCGUCUCGUUGUGGCCCUGCUCCGAUGCACCACCCUCAGCGGACGCAGGCCAACAAGCAAGAAAAACAGCUCUUGCUGGUGCUGCGUGCGUUGUGGGCGUGCAGUGGGAGCAGGGACACAUCCGUGAGACGAGAAAAGCUUGUGGCGGGCACACGAGUGGGUCGUUUCCGUGUCUUAUGAUGAUCAUGGUGUCUUGUAAGCUCGCGAUUUUGAUUAUUGAGGUGGAUGGAUGGAUGGGUGAAUUCGCAUGGGCGCUGGCUGGGGCCGACCCUUCGACCAGAGUUUUUGGCUUUACCUCGCUCACCACCCACCAAACGAAUUCGGCGACCAGAGAGACAGAGGCAGACAGUUUUGAUUUCCCUGACGAAACAGACAGAUAGACGGAUGGUCCCCUUUCUUUGUCGUCUUGCUUUCCUUUCGUUCCUCGUCUCGACCUUUUGUGCGUGGGGCGUGCGUCGCUUGCAUAUGGACUGACAGUCAAUGUGUGUAUGUAUGUGUGAAAUGUGACGGAAUUGUACCGUGUCAUUGGUUGGCAGGGUGGGACCGAGUGAAUGGCAAGGCGGCCCACAUGGAUCUGUGUGCCGUCCUGACGUCUCCAUAGGCCUUCCCAAAACACUCGCUGGCCGCCCUCUCGGCAGCAAGGCAAGUGUUGACUCGCUAUGGACACGCGAUGGGCUGGGAAUGAAGGCAAG